AAAAAAAAGAAAGAAAGAAAGAGAGAGAAGUGAGGAAAGAAGCGAGCAGGCGGGGAGCUGUGUGCUGUGUGCCUGGAAGCGAGCAGCAGGACGGACGCGCUUUGGAUUUCUUCAAUAUGUGCGCUGGGAUAGUAGAAAAUAUUGGACAACAUUUCAACAGACUCUUCUGAUAAAGUGAAAACUAACUCCCCAUCACCACCAAAAAACAAACACCAUUUUACUUUUUUUUUUGUUUGUUUUUUUUUUGUUUGUUUUUUAAGACACCCAUCGCAGUACCGCUUCUGAACCGAAGGAGGGAGAGGGCAGAGCAAGCGAGCCACACCGAGAGGAGUGACUGAAAGAAAGAAAGAGAGAGAGGGAAGGAGGGGGAAAAGUUUCCAGCGGCACUCUCUCUCUCUCUCUCUCUCUCUGUGUGUACUCGCACACACACACACAGAAAGGACAAGCAGAGGAAAAAAUAGCGAAGAAUAAAGAACAGAGGGACUCGAAUUCCCAUCCCAAUCAUACCGUCAUGAAAACCCCCGGCGAGACAGCUGGGCUUGCCUUCCCAGACUGGGCGUACAAGCCGGAGUCGAGCCCAGGCUCGCGGCAGAUCCAGCUGUGGCACUUCAUCCUGGAGCUGCUGCGCAAGGAGGAGUGCCACGACAUCAUCGCGUGGCAGGGGGACUACGGGGAGUUCGUCAUCAAGGACCCGGACGAGGUGGCGCGGCUCUGGGGCGCCAGGAAGUGCAAACCCCAGAUGAACUACGACAAGCUCAGCCGGGCGCUCAGGUAUUACUACAACAAGCGUAUUCUUCACAAGACCAAAGGCAAGCGAUUCACCUACAAGUUCAACUUCAACAAGCUGGUUCUGGUCAACUACCCCUUCAUUGACAUGGGACCUGGAGGUGGGGUCCCCCAAAGCGCCCCUCCAGUUCCCACGGGGGGUCCCCACUUCCGGUUCCCGUCCACCCCCUCGGAUGUGCUCUCCCCGAACGAGGACCUGCGCAGCCCCAACCUGUUCUCUGCCGUGGCGCGGCGCAUGGCUCGAGGAUCGGUGAGCGACUGCAGCGACGGCACCUCCGUCAACUCGGAGAUCGAGGAGGGAAUCGGAGGGGGACCCAACUCCGAAGAGAGGGGAGGGGUCCCCAGAGAACUGCCGGUGCCCGGCAGCUUCCGCGGGCUCCCCCCUUCCCUCCACCCGCGCCUGUCCCACGACUCCCUCUUCAGGGUCUACCCCCACGGCCGGCCGCACAGGGUGGACCCCCUCAGCCCCUUCCCAGUGUCCCCCCUCCCGGGCCCCGGAGGGUCCAUGAUGGGCCCCCAGCUGUCCCCGGCCCUGCCCAUGACCCCCGGCCACCUGAACUACACACCGUCCCCCACGCUCAGCCCCAUGUACAGCAGCCACUUCUCCUUCAACAGCGAGGACAUGAAGCGCUACCUGCAGGCUCACACUCAGAGCGUCUACAACUACCACCUCUCCCCCAGGGCCUUCAUGCACUACCCCAACAUCAUAGUGCCCCAGCCGCAGAGGCUGGACAAGGGGCAUCCGCUGCACGCCAACCUGCAUAGCAACCACUCCUCCUCCUCCUCCUCCUCCUCCUCCUCCUCCCAGCACCCUCUACCACCCCCGCCCUCCGCUCACCACCUGCAGCACCACCCAGCCCCCCAGCAGCAGCAGCCCUCGGGAGAGGAUCACUUGUCCUCCUUCAAGUUCAAGCUCCAGCCUCCGCCGCUGGGUAAGAAGCACAGAGAGCGGGCUUUGAACGGCGCUGCGCCUGACGGGGUUCCCUCAACCUCUUUCGGCUCCUCCGCUUCCGGUACCCCGACUUUGUCCUCCGCAGGGGGUAACGCCCCCUCCUCCUCCUCCUCCUCCUCCAAUGCAUCGAAUUGUCAUUCUUCAGUCGGUCCGGGGCUCCCCCAGAUCAAAGUGGAGCCCAUCUCCGAGUCGGAGUCGGAGGAGGUGGAGGUGGAGGGUAUCAGCGAGGACGAGAGCUUCUCCAGAGAGGGGGAGGAAGAGGAUUUCGGGGACGAAGAGGACUAUCUGGACGAGGAUGUCUUCAAGACCCCCGCGGCCCCCUCCCCUCACACCCCCGGCGGGGGCGGCUUGCUGGACGGCUACCAGUUCACUGCCCAUCACAGCCCCCACCAACACUACCAUCAAACUCACAGCCGGCAGCUGCAGCAGUACCAGCAGCAAGCAGGAGCCAGCAGCCGGAGAGGGGCUGCUUCUGCCCUGGCAUCGGCUUCAUCGCGGACUGGGAACCACGCUCCCUCCUCUGCCCUCGCCGGCCCCGCUGCUUUCCCAGUCUCCCCCAAACCGGAACCCCUGGAUUUGGAAUCGCAGCCUAGACUUGGUAACGGGGCUGUGGGAGGGGGUUCGGGAUCGGAGAGGAACGGCGGCUUUCCUUCCAGCCCGGGAGUCGGAGUCGGGGGCAGCAGCAGCAGCAAGUGCAUCCCUCUCAAACUGCGCUUCAAGAGACGCUGGAGCGAGGACCAGAGGAUGGAGGCGAGCUCCGAGGAGUCUGACGACAAGAAAGUGAGGGGCGAGGAGCAGAAGCAGGAGCCGCUUCGGGAAGAGGGGGAGCAAGGGAGCGGAGCCGAGGGAGGGAGGAGCAGCGGCAGCAGCGCUGGGAAAGUGACGCCGCUGCCGGCGAUGAUGGAUCACGAGGAGGAAGGCAGCAGGAGCAGAGAGGACAAGGGGAAGAUUGAGAUCUACAAUAAUAUAAGCAGCAGUAGCAGCCCUGACCCAGCGGAGAACAGUGUCGCCACACGCAGAGUGAGUGCCGAGCUGCACAGAGCCACAGCCCAGCUCUCUCUGGAGAACAAGGAGUGCUGAUCCUGCAGACAGACAGCCUGCAGUCCCCUCCUCUGUCAUCUGUGUGGGCGUGUGCUCUGGUGUGGACUCUGUGUUCUCCUCAACAAUGUUGUACUGCUUUGCUUCCAGUGGUUUUUAGUCACACAGUCGCCACCCCUCCCUCCCCAGGUUUUGGUUUGAGACUCGAGAGGCUCAAGAAUAUAUAUGUUUCAUAUUUUGCCGUUGGUUUCCAGUGCACAGACUGCAACUUCAUACCUGCCCUGGAUUUUGUGUAUUGAGGGGGAUCUGUCAUAAAAAUUAUGGACACGUACACACACACACACGCACACUGACCGUCUCUCGCUCUCUCACACGCACACUGACACUGUUUCAAGGUUUUUUUCCCUCUCUGCCUCGUUUUUUCUAAGUUUGCCGUAACGCAAAGAUAACUUAACUUAUCCAGCGUCUGCUGAACCAGGUAGUUGGAGAUGACAUUUUAAAAACAACGAAGGAAAAAAAAAAACGUUUUAAUUUCACAGUCAGAUUAAAGAGUCUGAUAACUCAUUGAAGCCUGUUUUCAACCAGCAGUCUGUCGACUGCGUUUGAGAGAGAGGUUUGCCAAAGAGCUUCAUCAGGUUUUAUUUUUCAAACUGGCAUCAGUCGCCCCAUCCACAAAUCUACAUUCAAACAGACUUGAUUUGAGCAAUUCCCUGUUUUUUUGGGGGGGUUACUCUCGCAUGUCCUCUACAUCUACAGUCUGAGUUUGGCUCUGGUCACGCAAAAUGGACAAAGAAUUAGCUGUGCUUAAUCAAGGUGCCUAUAUCCCUAUCUGUAGCUGUCUGUGUCUUUCUCCUUUCUUUCUCUCUGUUACUUGAAGCGAGGCUCUGCUGUUAAGUACAGGGGCGUGCGGAGUUCAGACUGGGCACUGGUUGCAGUGGUCUGGUGAUUAUUUAUUUUUUGAAUGAAUGAAAAGCUGUGGCCUUGCAGCACAUCUCCCAGCAAUCGCAGGCUCUU